AUGGGUUGCGGAUUACCAUCCAAAACGUUCAAGAGUAAAACCAUGCAUGAAGAGGAAGGAGAUACCUCUCUCCAAGAGCACUUUGUUUCUUCACCAUUGAUUAACAAAGAGCUUAAGCUAAGUUCAAACGAAAACGGUCCUCCUUUCAACUUUGAAAUCAAGGGUAGCACCUAUCGGAUUACAGUGGCUUUCAUUUCUACUCCUGAUAGGUCCAACACAAGUAAUUAA